CGAAACUAUCUACGGUUUCUGCUCGUCAUCUAGCGAAUGGUUCUCGCCUAUAGGAAAAUUAACGUCGAGAUAAAUCCUUCGAAUGGUUCCUCUCGACAACUUGGUCUGUAAGGAAGACACCCGGCUUUCUUCGACAAGUUGCAAGUCCGUUCAUCACUUUAACUCCAGUUUACGAUGCGAGUUCGUAUCCAAAAACGUAGAUUGUCAAAUGAAGAAUCACUUGCCCUACAUGUGGUUUAUGUAUUGUCCCUUCGGCACCAAUGCCGUCCCUUUGGCCAUUUUCUUACUGAUACUGUGGUUAGUUACGCUAUUUAUUGGAUUAGCCGUGGUCUCUAAUCAAUUUUUAUGUCCGGCAUUAUUGGUGAUAACGAAGACUUUACGUCUGUCCCAAAACAUCGCGGGGGUAACGUUCCUGGCUUUAGGCAACGGCGCACCCGAUAUAUCGUCGUCGUUAGCCGGAACCUUUCAAAAGCGUUAUUCCUUGGUCGUGGGACAACUGUUCGGAGGUGGAAUUUUUGUUACUACGGUCGUAGCCGGUUCCAUCUGCCUAGCCAAACCUUUCCACUUAAUGAAGAGGCCGUUUCUUCGCGAUGUUAUCUUCUACAUCGCCGCCUCUUAUUGGGUAUUUUUCGUCUUCUGUCGUAAAAUAUUAACGCUCGGCCACGCGGCGGGUUUUAUUGCCUUUUACUGCCUCUAUAUAGUAAUAGUAAUCGUGGGAAGAAUCGUACAUCAGAAGUAUCGAAAGAAAAAAGAAAUUCCUUCGUACGGAUCUAUUAAUUCCGUUAAAGGUGACGAAGACGAGUCUUUCGAGCUAUCGGACUACGAAGGAGACGAAGGAUCGGGAGGAGAGAACUUUCGACCUUUCGACUUAUCUCAGCCCUCCGAGAAAUUGAUGCCAGAUGCGAAGAGUAUAACAAAAACUGAAUUUGACCGAGGGAAACACUUAUUGCGCCAAGUUUGUCCGUUGAAUCUAGAUACUUGGUCUCGAUUAAGUUAUCCCCAAAAAAUCUUCCAAGUGAUAAAGAUUCCCGCCGUUCUGUGCUUCGUCUUCGUUAUUCCCGUAGUGGAUUAUAAGAAAGAAAACGAUAAUUGGUGCAAGAUCCUCAAUACUAUUCACUGUAUCACCGGCCCGAUUUUUAUAGCGUUCUCCGCGCGAGUGGCCCACGUUCGCGUCAACGGAGUCUUUCCAGUUUGGGCUCUGGUGCUUGUUAUAUCCGCGGUGGUGGCAUCUAUUGUCUUCGUUACGUCGGACCACCAUUCCCCUCCAAAAUAUCAUUGGAUUUUUGGAUAUUUAGGCUUCUUCGUGUCGUUAUUUUGGAUCUAUAUGAUCGCGGAAGAGGUGACCGUCUUACUGAAAGCCAUUGGCAUAGUCUUCCAUAUCAGCGAUAUCGUUCUAGGUUUGACCUUCAUGGCGUGGGGAAACAGCAUCGGAGAUUUCGUCACAAACGUGUCCGCAGCCAGCAAAGAUCUUUCGAAAAUGGGAUUCUCCGCUUGUUUCGGAUCCCCUCUAUCCACUUUACUAUUAGGCCUGGGAAUAUCGUCUACGGUUAAUCUAAUCAGGUGCAAAAGCGAAAUACACCUGGAAUACAAUUCUCUGACCAUUUUACUGUACGCGAGUUUGGCCAUCAGCUUGGUUUCCACAUUAAUUAUCAUGACGUGGUUUAAUUACCAAGCUAACCGCUGGUACGGGUUCUACCUGAUUCUACUUUAUCUAAUCUUCCUUAUCUUCGCAAUCCUCGUGGAAUUUAAAAUAAUAUCUUAACAAAUCUAUU